GCCACAGCUUGUCUGCCCAUUGGACUUCUUCAGGAAACCCUCAGCAUGAUCUCUACCCACCAGAACAUGACAACUGCUCCAAACAUGGGCAUCACCAGCUCCCCGCCUCACAACUGGAAGGGAAUUGGGAUUGCGAUGCUGCUGGUGGCGAUGUUGACAUCAGUGAUCAUUGUGGCCAUCCUGAUGCUCACUCCAGAAGACCCCCCAUUGGGCUUCCGCACUCCAUUGACUCUUGCUGACCUGGAGAAUGAUGAACUCCAAACCCACCAACCCCAGCUACGUUGGGCGACAGAUGAUGAGUUGGUGGCACUAAGCAACACGGGGACCAUGAUGAAGUGGCGCAUGCGCCAAAAGAACGGCACCCUCUUGGUGGAGGACAGAGACCUGAAUUUCUUGAAAGCAUCCCGGUUCCAAGUGUCUCCAGAUUUGCAGUUCCUGCUUCUGGCUUGUGACGUACAACAGGUUUUCCGCUACUCUUUCACAGCUCGCUACCUGAUCUAUAACUUGGCCACCAGGGAGACCAGCAACCUAGACGUGCCCAAAGCAGAUGGCAUGCCUCUGCAGUAUGCAGCCUGGGGAGCCCAGGUUAACCAGCUGGUGUUCAUCCUGGAUAAUGACAUUUAUUAUCAGCCUGGAGUCUCCAGCCGGGCCAAGCGUAUCACCUCAACCGGACGUCAAGCAGUUGUGUACAAUGGGAUUGCUGAUUGGCUAUAUGAAGAGGAAAUCCUGCAGACAGCUAGUGCACACUGGUGUUCACCUGAUAGCAUGUGGCUAGCCUACCUUACCAUCAACAAUUCUCUGGUGCCCAAGAUGGAGCUGCCCCAGUUCCUAGGAGGAAACUACCCUGCCAGCCAGCACUAUCCCUAUCCUAAGGCUGGACAGCCCAUUCCAUCAGUCCAGCUCUUUGUGGUGAACCUGUCUGGGAUGCUUAAUGUGCAGGAGUUACUUCCUCCAGAAUCCUUCCAGGGCAGGGAAUAUUAUAUCACCGUGGUAAAAUGGGUAGCACACUCCCGGCUGGCUGUGCGAUGGUUAAACAGGCCGCAGAACAUGUCUGUGCUGAGUCUGUGCGAAGCUGCCACAGGAGCUUGCACUGAGAGAUACCAGAUGACAUCAGACUCCUGGGUGGACAUGCAGCAGGGAAUGCCCAUCUUUUCUGAAGAUGCAGAGAUCCUUUUUCUGCCAGUGCCUGUGAAGCAGGGUGCACGAGGAGCAUUCCACCAUAUCACCAUGCUUUCCACGCAGCCCAGUCGCAAGGAAAGUAGCGUGCGCCUCCUGACCUCUGGGAACUGGGACGUCACCAGGAUCCUGGCAUAUGAUGAGAAUAGCAAACAGCUAUAUUUCCUGAGUUCUGAAGAAAGGCCCAACUCUAAACAUUUGUACAGCCUUGACCUUGACGGCUCCUUCAACCGCACCUGCUUGACCUGUGGCCUGCGCCCUGGCUGCUCCUUUGUAGAUGUCAGUUUCAGUCCCAAGAUGGGGCAUUUUAUACUGUUCUGCAGAGGGCCUGGAAUCCCUCAAGUUUCUGUUCAUUGCACAACUAAUCCCCACAACUUUCUUCUCCUAGAAGAGAACCGGCCUUUGCAAGAUGGCCUUAUGCGUAAAGAGAUGCCAUUGGUGGAAUUCCAGUCCUAUCAGCUAGCCAGCUAUGACCUGCCUGUGCGUGUGACUCUGCCGCCACCACACCGGUGUACUUUCUGCCCUUUGCUACUGAUGCUUCCAGAAGCCCCUGGAGGCCAGCUGGCCACUGAGGAAUUCCAUCUUGAUUGGGAUACCAUCCUCUCCAGCUCUUUGGGUGCUGUGGUCAUCCAAUUUGAUGGCCGUGGCUCUGGAAAUCAAGGGCUCAAGCUGUUGCAUGAGGUCAGCCACCAGCUCGGUUCCUUGGAUGUCAAGGACCAUGUAGCUCUCAUGCAGUGGCUGCUGCAGCUUCCCCAUGUGGAUCGUAGGCGCAUAGCAGUCUAUGGAAAGGCCUAUGGAGGCUUUUUAGCACUAAAGCUCAUAGCAACAGCAGAAAACCUGUUCAAAUGUGGCGCAGUUGUGGCACCCAUUACCAGCUUCCGUUUCCAUGCUGCCACCUUCUCUGAACGCUACCUAGGGAUGCCAGCCCGUGAGGAUGCUGCCUACACGGUGGCCUCUGUGCUGGAGGAAGCAUCCCGCCUCAAGGACAGAAACAUCCUCCUUGUCCAUGGAACUGGAGAUGCCACAGUGCAUUUCCAGCAUACAGCUGAACUUCUCGUCCAGCUGCUGGCUGCAGAGUCAAACUAUACCACGCAGAUCUACCCAGAUGAAGGCCACACAUUCUUUUUGGAUACCAACCAGCGCCAUCUGCACCAGACGCUCUUCUCCUUUUUUCAGGGCUGCUUCAAGGAUUCAAAGCCCACACAUCUGCUAGCUGAGGAAGAUGAGGACUCAUAGUGCUUUUACAAUAAGGGAUACUGAGGAUCACCAGUAUGCUGAUCUCCCUUGUUUUUUUUCUGUCUUGACAACUCUUGCACAUCCCAAGGACCAACACUCUGUGUGUGCAUGUGUGUGUGUAUAUACUGCAUUAAGCACACAGUUUGGCAUUGUCGAUCACAGAAUGAAGCACCCCGAGAAUGUCUGCUUUCAAUUUUUUUAAGCGGGUUUCUAGCACUUAAGGCUGUGAAGACAGCUUUUAAAAUAUGUGUAUGUAUGUGCAUGCAUUAUGCCUGGGGGAAGUUCCAGAGCCAGACAGACUAAGCUGGACUUCUAGAGGUCGAGGGAUGGUGGUUAUUUCCCCCCUAAAUGCCUUGUGUGUUCCUUUGCCCAUGCAGAAGAGUAGCAUAAACAGAACAAGCUAUGUAAUAUAAGCAGAUGUAUGCAAAUUCACUUACUCAUAUUAUUUAUACAGGUUGUGUAGUUGACCUCUUCUUGGCACAGAAAGAUAUGGGCUGACUUUCUACAGAAUUGUUAUU